AUGCGCAGCCAGCGCUGCGCGGCGGCAAAUGGCCACGGUGCUGGCUAUGCUGGUAGUCCACCACUCUCCGUGCAGCUUCUCAACAAUGACGAAGAUCUUCCAGCUACCCAGCCCCCUCAUUUCAGGCCUGCCCUGCCGCUGUUCGAUUAUCAACUUCGCAGCUUGGGCUGGAUGAUGGCCAGGGAAGAUGCUACGGAAGGCAUCCGCGGAGGCAUUCUGGCAGACAGCAUCGGUUUCGGGAAGACUACGAUCACUUUGGCACUGAUGGACCACCGACGCUGCAAACAGUUGCCGGUGACUUCAAAAGACUUGAUCCCAUCGCGUGCCACACUCAUCAUGAUGCCACCGAACCUUUGGAGACAGUGGCAAAACGAGAUCCAGAAGUUUCUACCUGUUGGAUCCUUGCGUGUUUUGGCAGCCGCCAACGGGGGAGAACUGAGAAAGUUGUCAGUGGAGGACAUUCAAGAAACGGAUGUUCUCAUCGUCCCCUACCAGAUUUUCCGUGGCCGGGCAUAUGCCGGCUUGAAGCUGAGAUUGAAGCAUUUCUAUUGGCAUCGCAUCAUCGCAGAUGAGUUUCACGAGCUAAUCGGCGCAGCCGUCGAUGGCGAACACCCCUUUAACGAGGCCAAGCACCAGCUGAGCCAUCUCCAAGCAGAUUCUCGCUGGGGUCUGACCAGCACGCCUCCGUUUAAGACCGUCGCAGAGGCGGCGGUCACUGCGACGUUUUUUCAGAUGAAGGUCCAGCGCACGGAGCAGGACUGCCGACUCUUUAUCGAGAAGAUGGUCCGUCAGAACACGAACUCCGUGAAGUUGCCAGAUGUCGUGCAACACAAGGUAGAGGUCCUCCAGUCCAGACAUGAACGGGCAUUGUACCUGCAACAUGAGAGGGAAAGCCAACAAACCUACAGUCAGCAGACUGGGGUUCUAUGGGACUCCGCAUCUCUUCACUUUGUACAUUGUGAGGGCAGCCCGCGGCGCAAGAUGAAGUCUCCGGAACAGCUCUGCCUCGACAUGCUGAAGCGAAAUCAAGAAGACACUCGAAAACUCGACAACAAUUUGUUUGAGCACUCCGUGAAGAUCGAGGCAUACUUCCGGGCCUACCGACAGCUCCUGGAAAACAGUGCCAUGGGCUCGCACGAUGACUUGCUGUCAAGGCAUGCUGAAGGCGAGGCUCCGCCAGCGCGAGAGCACGGAUUACAGCAGCAGGACGAACUGAAGUCCAGGUUGCAAAGCUGCAGGCAGCUAGACGAGGAAUCCUACCUCAGCGAAGGGAGAAAGGCCGCCAAUGCCAUGCGCAUCAGAUGCAUUGAAGAGGCUGCAGUGCAGAAGCAGAUUCAUCGAAAUGACGUUCUGGAGACUGCUGGAGCAAGAAUCUCCUUUGAAAAGCUUCUUGCAGCCAUUGACCGGGAAUGUCACAACGAGCUGUCUUGCAUGCGGCUCUUGGAGCAGCACCUGACGAAGUCCCUCCUGUUUGAGAGAUCGCUCCAAGAUACCGAAGAGGUUUUUGAAUGUCCCAUCUGCUACGAUGACUUCGCCUGGAGCGAGUGCGGCAUCGCUCCGUGUGCCCACAAAGCCUGUAUGCGUUGUUGGGGCAUCUGUCUCCGUCAGGAUGGACGAUGUCCAAUUUGUCGCUCCGAAGUCAUGAUCCAACGCGUGGUGUCCGUUGACAUCCCCAAGGCUUUCAUGCAGCAGAUGCCAGACACUCGCAGCUUGGUGCAGAAGCUGGGCCAACACCACAACCGACGGCAGUCUUUGGAAAUGUACAGCGCCUACGGAUCUAAACUCCAGAGCGUGAUGGAGACGAUUCAUGGGAUCUGGGACAGCCAAUCGGGUGCCAAGAUCUUGGUUUUCUGCCAAUCAGAAGAACUCCGCAGCACAGCGGAUGCUGCGUUCUGGUCUUUCGGGGUCGAGCACGUCACUUUGAAGGGCGACGCGCUGGAGCGUUCAAAAGCAGUCAACCGUUUUGUGGAGUCUCCACAAACCAACGUGAUGCUGUUAUCCAUGGAGAUCUCUCCGAGCGGCCUUAACCUAACCAUCGCCAAUCACAUCAUUCUGGUGCAGCCAACAAAACGGAGUGAGGAUGAGACGAGCGUGGACUUCGAGGAGCAAGCAAUAGGACGCAUCCGCCAAGUCAAAUGGUUCGAGCAGGGACAAGACCUGCACGUGGCCAAAGAUGAUGUCCUAGGCUUUGUGGCAGACGGCUCGCCGUCAAGAAAAGGCACUUUGUUUCAGCAUCAAUCGGACAAGCUCAUGUCCGACAAGACAUGGUUGAGAAGCGCCAUUAUGCGGGAAGCACAUGUGCCUUGGUACAAGAAGUUCAACUGGUACAGCUUCGCCCUGUACCGGUACAAGGUCUACGAUGUCAUUUGGCGCGUUUCGGCUACUGCUACCAUCGGUGCAUGCCUCUACUUGAGUGUUGCCGUCGUGCAGACGUGGAAUGCCUCUGUGCAUCGGACCUGGCAACAUUAUGCCAGAAAGGAGCGAGAACGAGCAGAGCUCAUGGACUUCAUUCGCCAGGCACGCGAGAAAGGUACGCUCCCACCCAGCAAGGUCGCUGGCUUUGAGUGA